AUGACUCCGAAUGCCAAUCCACGCCCGAGCGGGCCGUAUAUGCACAACUCCCAUGCCUACGGGAGCCAGCAUGACGUAUCGAUUAGCAACACAGAACGGGCCCGCGAGGCCAGGAUCGGGAGCAACUCCAGACACCAUUCACAGGGUGUCGUUGCCUCACAUUUUUUGGCUCAGGACCGCGAAACGUGGAUGGACUUUCUAAGGGAGGGUACCGAUAUCAGUACCAACCAGCCACCCACAUCCAGCAUAUCGACCCCCACUACCGCCUCUGAAGAUCGCGCAAACCCCUCUUCUUCGCGAUAUACCCUUCCAACACGUCCCCCACCGCAUGCCGAUUCGUCACCCCCGAGCAGCUCUGACCGCAAACGACGUUUGACAACGGCCGACUCUCCCAUGAGACGACCAUCGAGCAUAAGGAUGCAUUCAGAAAACACGGGAGCCACAAUCGCGAAUCCUAUACUUCUCGACUCGCCGCCGGCUGUUCGAGCCCUACCACCAACGCCAUCCAUCCCAACACAGGCGAAUAUUGCGGCUCCGAGAAGGCAGAGUGAUAUUGUACUGCCGCCAUGGCAACCGGACAGUGAGGUCACCCAGUGUCCGGUGUGCAAGAAACCCUUUACAUUCUUACUUAGAAGGCAUCAUUGCAGGCAAUUUAUCGUUCACCCACCGUCCGAGAGCAUCACCAACUAUAUCGAUCUGACGAGUGAUGAUGAGAAUGCCAUGUCAAACUUCGGCCCGUUCCGCAAUCCCGCGCUAGGUGGAGGCGAGGAAGUCCGCGUUUGCAACCCAUGUGUACCAGACCCAAACUUUAGUCCACCACCACAAUACGACACACCCGCUCGCGCAUCUCGUUAUCCAGGCCAAUUCCCGCCUACGGCGCGCUCGCCAUACAUUUCCCGUCCGCAACCACCACCGCACCCCCGAGCACAUAGGCGUCUGCCACCGCUGCCACCUUCCGCAGCUCAACAGCAAUAUCCGCAUCACCGCGCCCCACUGAUCUCACAAACAAUAGCCAGUUCUAGCACGUUUGGACAAUCCCCAUAUACCCCUGUCCCACCUCCACUCCAGCCUCAACGGGCACAACCACCUCGGCCUCGACGUCAGGUUGCCGAAGAAGACGAAUGCCCCAUCUGCGGCGAAGAACUUCCACCCAAGGGCCCCAACAAUGACGACACAGAGCGCACCCAACACAUCCAAGAGUGCAUUGCUCUUCACUCAGCCUCCCCCGGCCCAACUGCAGCCCUCGCACAAGUCACCUCAGCAAGUCUACCCAACCAGCGCACCCGUGGUAUGAGCAGUGCUGGCAACGGCGAGGGAGCAAGCAAUCAGAGUCGCAUGAGCCAUGCCGCACGCGGCAUGUUUCCUUAUGUAGCUACAGAGAAAGAUUGCAUCGACGACGAAGGCAGACAGGCCGAAUGUACAAUUUGUCUAGAAGACUUUGAAGCAGGCGAUAAGAUGGCCAGGCUGGUUUGCUGGUGCAAGUUUCAUGAGUCGUGUAUCAAAGAGUGGUGGGAUAAAAAGGGAAGAGGCGCUUGUCCGACGCAUCAACUGCAGGAGUAAUUUGAUGUGUAUCUGGGACAAAAUGGGCUUUGGUCGUCUCUUUCCCAGCAUUGUCCGGGUUCGCCUAUUUUUUUUUAACCGUAGGCGCGACCAAGCGAGCGGAGGUCUUUCAACAAGUUUGGUUUUCGCGAUUGGGCGCCAUUGCAAACUUUUGCUUUAUCGUCGGGAUGCGUAGACUGGGUGAUUCGGGGAGGGCGUUUUUUCUCUCUUUUGGCUUGAACUGCUAUCUUGGCAUAUACCCCAGGUCCUUCACUAUCACUAUUAUCAUCAAUGUCAGCAUUGGUAGUGGCA